CAGCAGGACUUCGAGUCUGAAAACACUCUCUCUAAAGGGAAACCUGAGAACAGCCUGUGAAGAUGAUUAAAGGACUUUUGUCGGUGCUCCUGGUCCUGGUGGCCGUGACUUCCACUAUGGGGAAGCCAGAGAAAAGCUCUGAGAAGGCUUCGGUCAAGAAGGAGAAACGAAUCCCUCAGACUCUCUCCAGAGGAUGGGGUGAUCAACUGAUCUGGGCUCAGACCUAUGAAGAGGCACUCUUUCUGGCACGCUCACAGAACAAGCCCCUGAUGGUCAUCCUUCACUUGGACGAGUGCCCACACAGCCAGGCCCUGAAGAAAUCUUUCGCCGAGGAUAAAGAGAUCCAGAAAAUUGCCGACGACGACUUCAUUCUUCUGAACCUGGUGUAUGAAACUACAGAUAAGCACCUGUCUCCCGACGGCCAGUACGUUCCCAGAAUCAUCUUUGUCGAUCCCUCAAUGACUGUUCGUGCUGACAUCACUGGCCGCUACUCCAACCGCCUGUACGCCUAUGAACCCACUGACAUGAAACUCCUGUUGAACAACAUGCUCAGGGCCAAGAAGCUCCUGAAAACCGAGUUGUAACGUGCACCCCCAUGAGGUCCUCCAUCCCGGAGAGGAUUAUCCUCCCGUUUAGAUUUCAUCAUUCUUAUUAUAUUAUAAUAAUGUAAAAAAAUUUUGUUGGAUGCAUUUUGUUUAAGAUAUUGUUACUGCCAGCCUACAGAUCGGCUUUUCAGCUAAUGUACUGUUUGUUUUGGGUAAAUAAAAAAAAAAUUAUGCUAACCUC